UUAGAAACACUUUGUUGUGUUGUGCUUCCCUUUCUCUGCUCUUGAACCAUUAAAAUGUGAACUUAAAAACGAGAACCUGGUUAGAACAAGAAACGAUAUCGAACAGAAGCGUUUAUCAGCACUAACACAACUAUGGAUUCCAGAGCCAUUGUGCUUGUUUUCUUCUACGGGCAGCUGUGGUGGAACCUAUCAACUACGCUUCCAAUCACUACCACUGCACUAGUUGGCACUGGUGGAAAAAACCCCAUACAUUCAUAUGAAACAAGCAAACCUGGAGAUCCUGUGAAAUUCAACCAGAAAACAUCCACCACACAGCCCCAGGUUCCUGCAGCAGAAGAUCCCAAACCUCAUGAUGGUGGACACUUCAUAGCAGCGGUAGUAGUUGGGGUCAUCCUGACUGUCAUGAUCAUAAUUAUUGUUGGCAUCUUCCUAUGGAGGCGAUGGAGAAGGUCCGCUACACCUGUCCCGAACUGGGCAGGCCGUUCCCCAUUUGCGGAUGGAGAAGUACCUGAUGCGACUGCAGAUAAAGAACCUAUUCAAGACAUGAGGCGGACUUCAGUUCUCUCCUUCUUGCCUUGGAAAUUCAACAAGGAUACGCAGCUAUUGGAAAAUGCGGAGGGACAGUUGUCUGAAUCAAGCCAAGGCCCGGAUGUUCUCCCUAUAUGUGGUGCUGAAGAGAGUGGCACACAGUCAAGCUCCACAGCAACAGCUUCUUCUGCAAGCAUGCAAACUGCCAUUUCUGAAGAACCAAGCAGCUUGAUUGAUGUUCCACUCCAGUCUGAUAGCCCAGAGCCACUUGAUCUGCCUCCACCUCCAAACUGGCUUGAUGGAGCGAAUGAAGAUCUCUGUCCAAAGCAGACAGAGUCCCUCUCACUUGAACCAAAUGCAGAGAUCCAGUGUUCUGGAUCCCUGGUUCUCUCCCAUCAAAUUCCAGGCGAAGAACUGCUACUACCACCUCCUCCAGAAGACUUAUUCAUCUAACUGAUUUAAAGGAGGAAAAUGUUUAGGAAAGAAACCAAUCAAAGAAAAAGGCUGAAAACCUAUCAAAUGCUGUUAGCCUCUAGUUUUUUUUUGUGAGCAAAAGGUAGCCCCAUUGCCUUUUUCACAUGAGAACACAAGAGCAAUGGUCCGACUGCUUCUAGGGUAUCAAUGUUCCCCACUGUAAUCAACCAGAAGCUUCCAGAAAGAUAACAAGCUGUGCAUGAAGGAAACAACUGCCUUCAGAGGCACACAACAUUUGCAAAUGGGAUGCAAUGAUAAAACAUUUUCACCAUGAGUUUCUGCUCCUUUUUAUUCCCCCUCAUUUGGGCCACAGUUGAUCGCAUCAGAAUACCUUUCCAUUUGUUUGUACCCUUUAUGAACCCAUGGCAUCCUUUUUAUCUGUGGUUCUACUACAUUGGUCUCUUACAUAAUCUCCAAGUGUCCGGAAGAGAUUUGAACCUUCUGGCACUUCCCUUGCAGCUUCCUUUUAAGCAAUGCCUUCUCUUUUAAGAAGCCGUUUUUUGACACUGAAAAUGUGACCUUGCUGGACUUCCUGGGAACCACUUGCAUUUAUGUUGAAUUUUACAGCACUAUGGUUGGUUUCCAAGCCGAUCAACAACAUCUGCGUCUUGCCCUGGUUCCUGGGCAACACUGAGUAUUAAGCCUCCUUUCCAACAGGCUCUUUUAUAACUUGUUAAAUAAUAGCAUUUUUCCCUGUCUACAAAUUUUGCCUUUUUAAAUCUAAAGGCAAGCCACCAUCCCACCCACCCCAAUUUUUGUUUGCUAUUGUUAUCAGCCCAAAGCAAAUUUUAUCAUAACUCAUGACUGCGAGUUCAGACAUAUGCAACAGAAGCACUUUUGCUCCCACGUCACUGCAGUACUAUAUAGAACUAACCACAACAUGGCUAUACAAAAUGAAACACAUGAACCAGUUGAGCACAUCUUUAGUGCCAACCAAUUUGAUGCAGGUGAGGCAGCAGUUCCACUGAGCUCCAGAAGGUACAGCAGGUACAGUAAGCCCCAGCGGAUUAUGGGAUGGGAACUUUGGGGAAAGGAACAUAACUCAGUGGUAGCAUCUGCUCCAAAUGCAGGGAGGUGGUGGUGAAUUCCGCUGUGUUUUUAGCAGAGGAGAAAUGUGUCCUGGGGAUAUAAAUCAUAGAACAAGGGGAAGCAGGAUGGUGAGGACUCCCCUGCUCAGCGCCUGAAGGCCCCAGUCCUGCCACUCAUCACCUGGCCCAGGUGGUGGGCUUUAUAAAGGACUGUUGCCGCCGCCGCUGCUGGGCAGAGAGGGCUCCUUUUUGUUUGUUUUCGUUUAAAUUCCUGCUAUUUUUUUACCUAUGUUAUUUUAAACUGUAUUAAGGAUGUAUUCUUAGUUUUAGAUUUUGAUUCAUGUUGAAAUUGUUUUCUAUUCGGUUGUGUAUUUUUUGAUGUGGUUUAUGUAUUGUUUGUGACUUUUGUAAUUGUGCUAUUGCUGUAUUGUUUUGAUAUUCGAUUGGAAGCCGCCCAGAGUGGCUGGGGAGACUCAGCCAGAUGGGCGGGGUACAAAUAAAAGAUUAUUAUUAUUAUUAUUAUUAUUAUUAUUAUUAUUAUUAUUAACAACUCACCUCUAUUCAGCCACCCUCAGCCCCAUGACCGGUUUUCCCAGGGGCCAAAUUCCGUAAUAUCCAACCACUUUCACCUCCCCUGGAAGCAAGAACCUCUCCAAUAAUUCUACAACACAGAUGUGACUCGGAUUUCUUUCACUUGUACAUUUGAGCCAGUGGAGUAAACUGCUGCCAGUUUUGAUCAAGAGGAUCUUAUGUAUGCAGAAGAGAUCCCUAGACGAUGCUUUCGUUUCCUUGUUCAAAGUUCUACUGCAAAGUGCAUCCAUGAGAAUUAAAAGCUCUGCUGCAAGCAAGAACACUCGCUCUGGAAUCUGGCCGGAGCUGAUUGGGUGGACCUUGGGGAAAUCAACUCUUGAUUCUAAUGCUAAACUUUGUGCUCUUCAACACUUAAAAAAAAGUUACUGCAACUUCAGCUUCCUGGUCUUUUGUUUCUUUUUUAUACAUUGGUUAAGUGGUGAGAUCACCAAGAUUUACUGAUCAUUAGCAUAAGCGGAUGUGACGGUCUACCAGAGCCUUGUUAUGAAGUUACAAGUAAUGAAAUAGUCCAUUCUAUAUUUAGAUUUUUUUUUCUGCCUCCAUUCUAAAGGGCUCAUGAAAAUGUACAGGUUUUGUUCCCGCAACCUAUGAGAUAAUUAGGCUUUGAGACCUUAACUCCUCCAUAUCCACACAAAGCUAUAUUGCCAAGGGUUACACUAUUCAUUUCACUAUACCAACUCAGGCCAGAACUGGGCAUUAUUGCAGAUGCAUGUCUGCCAUGAGGGGAAAGCAGCCUAGUUCCACCUCCUUCUCUCCUGGGGUAAUAAGGUAAAGGGAACCCUGACCAUUAGGUCCAGUCAUGACCGUCUCUGAGGUUGCGGUGCUCAUCUCGCGUUAUUGGCCGAGGGAGCCGGCGUACAGCUUCCAGGUCAUGUGGCCAGCAUGACAAAGCUGCUUCUGGCAAACCAGAGCAGCACACGGAAACGCCGUUUACCUUCCUGCUGUAGCGGUACCUAUUAAUCUACUUGCACUCUGACGUGCUUUUGAACUGCUAGGUUGGCAGGACCUGGGACCGAGCAACAGGAGCUCAUCCCGUCGCGGGGAUUCGAACCGCCAACCUAGACUUAGUGGUUUAACACACAGCGCCACCCGCGUCCCUUUUUCCUGGGGUUAAUAGGUAGUUACAAAAUGUGUGUCCUAACAUCAUUAGACUCCAGGUUUCCUUACACCCAUUCCAUUGGCUGCUGUUUUGAAGGACAGGAAAAUUUUCAGUAUGCUGAUGCUGCACCACACAUCAGUUGUAAUAGACGUUACAGUAUCAAGAAAAUAGACGGGUCCCACCCAUUUUGCAAGCUGGGGGCAAAGCGUGGAUCCUGGGUCUGAAAAGUUGAAGACUAUUGGGUUAGGAUGUAUGGGUGGCAGCCACCGGUCAGUCAUGCCCAAAUUUGUAACAUCAUGAAAGCAACCACUUCUGGAUACAUGGAUUGACGCUUACAGAUAAAUUAUCUGACCAUCUUGGCUGUGACUCCUGGAAGACCUGCUCCCUGUGCCGUGCAGGUCUUUUCCCACCUGGCCCUGACUGACUCCAGCUACAAAAGCUGAGGCUGCUGGACAGAAUCUUGGGCCAGAGUAUGGUUUAGGGAGUUUUGUUGGGGGAGAGGGUUGUUGCUGUUUAUUUUGGAUCUUACAACUUAUGUGGAAAUUGUUUGAUUUGGUUGUGCACCUCUUUGAUGUUUUGUUUAUUAUUGCUGUGUGUGUAGUCCUGUAAUUGUUUUUAUAAGCUGUGAGUCACCAUUAGCGUGGUUUUAACUUUGGAAAGGUGGCAUACAAAUAAAACGAUUGACUGAUUGAUUUUGGUGCAUGAAUUGGCAAGCUGAAGUAUAAUGGGAAAGUGAGCAUGUUCCCACACACCAAUCAAACCUGGCACAGUGAAUUGAGAUCACCUUGGAUGUGCUGCAGUACCUCCCACUUGAAAUCCAUGGCAAAUUUCCCAUAGGUUUAUCCAUGAGUGCAGCCCUUCUCUCCAUCUUUUUUUAAACAUAUAUUGCACCAUGCCUACCAGGCUGCCAGUGCAAUAAAAAUAUGAAAUAAAACCAAGCAUCCUGCUAAGGACAUCUGCUCA